CAGACGAAAACGCGACGUCAAUAUGAAUCAUCCGUGUUUUUUAUUAUCACUGGCAGUUAUUGCCGUUCCCUCUAUGAUACAAUAGUAGUUGUAAUAAUAGACAGUAACCGCUGGAGUUAAACUAUUGUCUAGCCAAAGGUUUUGUCACAAGACGUGAGUGAGUGAUCUCGCGGUAACCGCCAGCACAGUGAGAGACGCGCCGUGGAGCGCCGCGCAUGCGCCGACACAGACCGAGGCGCGCACCACGGACCCACACCGUGCAUUACAACUUUACACUUUUGUGAUACAAUCUAAAAACAGUGCCAAAGUAUUUAGUGUGUAAAAUCAAGCAUAGUUAAACUAGUUUCGUACCGAGUGAAAGGACCAAGUUGUUUGCGUCUGCGUGUUUAUUUGGUGCUAGAAGAAUUAUUAUUAGAAACCGCUGAAAAUGGAUCCUUCAGCCAACAAAGGAAUCAGUUGGCCAGAACCAGAUAUAAUGGAGUCGACGUCCGACCCGAACCUGACGGUGUCAAUGAUCGCGGAGGAGGUGCCGUCCCUCACAAUGACCACGAUAGUCGGCAUGACGGUGGUCAUGCUAAUCGCCAUCGCCGCCGUCUUCUUCUUAGGAGUUCUCAUUGAUUGUAGACAACAGAAAUUAUUAGAGAAGAAAAUGGGCGAGGCGAAGCGCGUGAAAACCCAGAGACGAGUUAACACGAAUGAUGAAGAUGAUGCGAGCAUAGCCAACAACAUGGAGGAGUCAGGCAUGAGUGUUCCACCGGCGGAGGCACUGCGGCAUAUUCCCUAACACACCUACACCUACACACCCGCAGCAAUAAACAUUUUACACAAUGACUCAGGAGGGCUACUACCUCUUCUAAAAGAAAGACUCUUGCGGUUGUAAGAGAGAGGCAAAGAGUGAAAACUACUCGGUUAUGAGCGGCAACUCUCUUCUAGAAUGCAACGGUCUUAUUUUAGGAGGUUUGUAGGCCUAUAAAUUCUGUUAAUCACAAGCUAUGCUUAGGGAAAUAAAAUUGUUUCAGAUCUAGCUAGUGAAAAAUAGAAUCCAAGCCAUUUUAUUUUUAUAUCUCUUUUCUGUUACUUCUUUUAUCACAAUGUUUGUUAGUAAAAUGAAACUAUUAUGUGUAAUAGGCCAAAGUAUAACGUUCAUGUACAUACAUAAAUGUAGAUAGGUGAAUAAAAUUAAUCUUCUCGAGGU